AGAAGACAACAGCAAGCGUAGACAAUCCUGAGAUCCUUUUUUGGUGAAAUUUGAUCCCCUCAUUAUAAAUAUAUGAUAAAUCCUGUCAUUGCAACCAAGGAUAAUGGCAAACAAGAAGAAAGUAGUAGUAACAGGGUUUGAGCCCUUUGGAGAGCACACAGUAAAUGCCAGCUGGGUGGCAGUGCAGGAACUGGAGCGAUUAGGUCUGGGUGAGGCAGUAGACCUUUAUGUGUGUGAGGUGCCUGUUGAAUACCAGGCUGUUGAGAGUCUACUUCCAUCUCUGUGGAAACAGCACCAGCCUCAGUUAGUGGUCCAUGUUGGUGUUUCUGGGUUAGCUACCACAGUCACUCUGGAGCAAUGUGGCCACAACAAGGGCUACAAACGGCUGGACAACUGCAACUUCUGCCCUGCUUCCCAAUGCUGCACGGAGACCGGCCCAGAUUGCAUAAACUCAGUCCUGGACAUGGAUGCAAUCUGUAAAAAGGUCAACGACUCUGAUGUUGGGGUAGCUGUAUCGGUGUCUAAGGAUGCUGGAAGGUAUUUGUGUGACUACACCUACUACAGUUCUCUGUACCUGGGACAUGGCCACGCUGCCUUUGUCCACGUGCCUCCACUAGGAAAACCCUACAGCAGCCAGGACCUCGGCAGAGCACUUCAGGCUGUAGUGCAGGAGAUGCUCAAACUACUGGAGCUGAAUAAUACUGAGGAGGAGCACACCCACAACGAGCACUGCAAUCACAAGCAUCAACAACAGCAUGCCCACUCAUGACUGACUCACAACCUCAGUAGACUCAUCAAUGAGCAAAAUGGACCACUGGCUCAUAGUAAUGGUUUAAUCAGUCUGAUUCUCGAGGCAAGAAAGUAUUCUUUGAAUUAGCUGUGAGGCUUACAGUGCAAGUAGUGAUGAUUCAAGAUAGUAGACUAUUAACACCAGAAAUUAAUGGAAUGAAUUUCACAAUUAUUGUUAAGAACGGAAAAUCAGUGUGUCUGAAUUUGGUGCUUCUAACUGUUAUAUCAGUGCCAAUUUUAAAUAAUUUAGUAUAUCUUAAAUUUUAACAUUGUUCAAGUCUGCCCUGGGCACAACACUUUGACUACAGCGUCUGUUUAUUCAAGUGUUUGUGUGUAAGUGUGUGUUUGAAUGUGUGUAUAAUGUGCUGGAGUAGUUGGCAUCAGUGAGUGUUUGUAAUCCCGGCCUCUCAUCUUCCAUAUAACUGUGAAAAUAGAUGUCAACACAACAAUGUUUAUGGACAUAUUAAUGUUGCAUCAUGUAAAAAGGGCAGUGUUUGGCCAUAUCAACAUGUAAUUAGUAGUAUUAAAUAGAUAGUAGUUAUACUGUAACUACAAGUUAUAUAUGGUGACACACUGUGGAAGUUCUUUAUAGUAACACAAACUUUUCAAGCCACCUGUGAGUCUGUUCUCUUUCAAGUAUUUCUGUUUGAGUCCUGUUUGUAAGGUUUGGUUGUUGUCUUGGAAACAUGCCGUCAUUCCCUUGUUUUGCCUGUUUUGCACCAGAGAAAUGUGAUGAUUUUAAUGACUGCAACCUGAAGUAUAAUUGAAGAAUACACACUUAUGAUGAUUUGCUUAUCUCAGGGAAAAUAUUGCACAUGCAAUCAGUGUUUGUUAUUUUACUAAUUAGAUGUGUUUGUUCUAUGCAUGUAGUGCAGCUUUGCAAGGCAAAGCCAGCUCAAAGCUGUGUUAAAUUAAAACAUUUCACACGGCU